AUGCGAUGCGCGAGCAAGGCCGCCGAGAGCGCGUCUGCACGUCUCUGUGCGGACGCCGAAGCAGAAACAACAGCAACUGAUGUCUCAUCGGUUGCUGAAGCGACCCAGCCUGUGUCACUUGGUGAUGCAGGCGCUGGUCAUAAAGACACUCGUGUCUUCACAGAGUACGAGCUCGGUGUCUCGUACUCUCCUGAUACGGAUGACGGAUCCGUAUCGACGGCGAUCGAAUCCAAGCCGCCUGCCAAGCGUGGCAUGGACGAUGCUUUGCGUCGCAGCAUCUUUGGUUCAUCUGAUGAGUCAGAUGAACCAUCGCCGAAGCGAAGGCGCUCGAGGUCGCAAGACUCGGGCGCUAAUAGUGGUCAGGAAGAGCGGGACCGCAGUGUGUUGCGUCUCGCUCCCGAGAAGAAGGCAUGGAUGCCUCCUAAAUCUGUCAUGGAUCACUUGUCGGUCACGAUGAGUGAUCGGUAUCGAACACGGUUGUUCGAUAUGUCAAGGAUCCAUCACCUUGACCCCAGCGCGAAAAACUAUCGCGCUGAACACGAAUUCUUCAUCGAUGCUUUCUUUAAACAUCGAUGGUACAGUGGGAAUCACAAGCGUGAUGGUCCCUCACUGCUCCAAGAGUGGAACGCCUACAUCCAUAACCUCGAGGAUGUAGGUCGUGACGCUUGGAACGACAAACUUAUCAAAGCUCGUGAUAAGUUUGAGAAAAGAACCCCGACAGGUGCACGCUACAAGCUGCAUCGUCUGUCAAGGGAGAAAGGAUUACCCUGCCUCUCUUGGGGAGACUCGUGCCCAUGUUGUGUGAACAACUCUGCACGAGCACCUAAGGAGGCUUACCUCCCUAAUAGCCCGUGGUGGCGCGUACGUAUCUCUAGUGAGAUGUACGAAGAGAUUGACAUCCUAAAAUCCCUUUACGACCGUGCCGGGAAGACUUUCUCCGGCGGUCCUUCUGCGGCACAGGAUGUGCCGCGUCGUACUGCUCAACCAGACCCAGUACGUCAACCAUCGUUGGGAGCGGGGCUCCCAAGAAUCCCAGGACGGGGGAUAGCCGCGCCACCGGACGAGAUAACUCGUCCGACGUCCGUUCACGUCGCGGUGGUUCAACAGCUGCUCAACUAG